AUUCAACAACAACAACAACAAGCGUCAUCAUCACCAUAAGCAUUAACAUAAAAGAUCAGUUCUUCUUUUUUUCCCGAGAGAUAAAUUGAAUUUAAUCAGAAUAGAAUAAAAAGGAGGCAAGACAUUCAAUUCGCGUCGUGUCGUGUUUUUGGCAGUGUGUAAGUGAGCGCAAGCGCACACACAGGCAACGGUUUUGUUUGGUUUUGCUAUAUAAAAGUGUGCGUGUGAGAAAGUGUCAAAGUAUUAGUUUGAAUAUUAUUAUAUAUUCUUCAUUCAUCCAAAUCUGAGAUAUAUAUAAUCUGUCUACUAUUCAUUGAAUAGUCCGGCAAUGAGUAUAGAAAAAUAAACCAUAUUUCUCUCUAUCUCUCUCUCCCUUUCUCUCUCAAUUGCUAAGUGAUUUUGUUUAAUUGUGGGUGUGUGCGUGACAGUGUCAAAAUAAAGUAGCAGCACAAAUAAAAAAAAAUCUUCUCAAAAUCAAAUCAAAUUACAAUUAAUUUUCAUUCAAAUGAAGUGCCAAAGUGAACCGAAUAAAAAGCCUUAAAUGUCAUAAGUGAGAGAAUCAAAGAAACAAAAAACCCAACUUCGAAAAGAUCUCCAUUCCAACUAAAUUCGAAUAAAAUAAGAAAAAAAAUCUAAGAAACAAUAACAACAACUCAAAGUAAAACAAUUGUCUUCCUCCAAACUUAAUUAACUAAGAAGCCACUCAAAUUAUUGACUUUGCCGCUGUAGCCGUAGCCAUAGCCGUGGUCGUGUAAUUAAUUGUGAUUAUUAAAACGUCUAAUUAAUUUAGUUCUUGUGACUUGUGAAUAUCAUCAUUAUUAAGUGUAACAAAGAACACAAACAUAAAGCCGCCCCGCAACGAAAACUACAACCAUCGCCAAAAUGAGGGGAGAGGAAGUUGCCACGGAAACGGUUUAUAUACCGCCAGAAAAUUCCCGCUUUGCUGAGUUCUGUCAACGGCAUGGCAUCAAUCCAAAUUUGAUUAUGUUGAAAAUCACUCUCUUCGUUAUGUAUGGAGCUACUUCAUCAUUGCUGCCAUACCUGACCAUUCACAUGCAAUCGAUUGGCCUGACCGUGGAGGAAAUUGCCAUUAUUUAUUUGGCCCUGCCAUUUACGACAUUUUUAAGUCCACCCAUCACAGGAUUUCUCGUCGAUAAGUUUGGUAAAUACAAACCAGUUGUGGUCAUGAGUCUACUCCUGAAUGCGAUAUUCCAUCAUUCGUUGCUGUUCAUACCGCAACAGGAAAUACCGGGUGUUGUGCCAUCGGCGUUUGUGAUGCGUCAUCCUGAUAGUGGUGUCAUUGAGGUAUGGUGGUCACCCUGUCCCAGUCGUGAAUGCCCCGAGGAACAAGAACUUAAAUUGGCUGUAAGUCAAUGCACGGACUACUGUUUACUGCAGGAACCAGCCGCAUCAUCAAACUUAUUUAGCCCAUCACCAGAGUAUUAUACACCAUCAACGUCAACAUCAUGGCCUGAGUCGGUGCCCUCCACCGCCUCAUCUACAUCGCCGCCGCCCGUAUCGUCAUCCACGUUUGCUGCAUCGACAUCAACACAUAAAAGUUAUGUGUCAACAACUUCUAGGCCUCCACUGACGACGGAGGAUGAGUUGGAUGAUGAUUAUGGUUCUUCAACGACGACAGCUAAAACAAAAACAACAACAACAACAACGCCGGCAACAGUAAUGCCUCAGGACGUUGGUGGUGGUGGUGGCGGUAGUUCCACCACAAGUCGAAGUAUAUUCCAAGAUGUACUUAAUAUGUCAGCGACAAUGUUCCCGCCUGUAGUGACAUCUUUAUCCUCUAUGUCUAUGUUGGAACGUCAAGAUUGGAAUGAAUCCUCCGAUACCGACACCAAUUCAAGCAUUCCCACCCAUUUCAGUUGGGUACAUGCCAAUGCAACCGACUCAACAUUCUUCCUGUUACUGAUGCAUCCCGAUCUCGCUGCCCCCAUCGAACAAUUGGGCAUGGAAAUUGAACAGGACGAUAACGAAACAGUUACCGACUUCAAGCAACGUUUCGGCGAGAAACGCCUCUGGGAAAUGCAAAUCAAUGUCACCGAUUUGGAGGAAUUGGAUUUGCGUUGCGGUGGCAUUGCUCGACGCCACAACAUGUCACAUGUCUCGAAUGAAACGGUCAAUUGUAUGGUGCAACGGUGUACCUUCACGCUGAAUGCCCCGGAAAUAUGCCCACCCGAUUACAAGGAAACGGAUGGCACAAUAUUUUGGAUAUAUUUCAUGUUGAGAUUCCUCGCCACCACCAUGUUAUCGGCCGGUGUCACCAUCAUGGAUCCCAUUGCCCUGACAAUGAUUGAAAAGUACGGCGGAGAUUUUGGACGUGAGCGUUUGUUCUCCAGCAUUGGCAUGGCCAUAUUCUCACCCAUCACCGGUGUCAUGAUUGAUUACUAUUCGAGAGGUCUCGGCUAUACGGAUUAUUCGGCAGCUUUCUACACAUACGAUGUCUUAUUAAUUAUUUCAACAGUUUCGGUGCUGAUGAUGCCGCUGGGCGAAAAGCUGCCGGCCGACAAUGUCUUUAGGGAUUUGUGGAAUUUGUUAAAAAUGCCACAUGUGAUAACGUUUAUAUUCUUCCUGUUUAUCCUGGGCAACUUUUGGGGCUUCAUCGAAAGUUUUCUGUUUUUGUAUCUGAAGGAGUUGGGAGCACCGAAUUAUUUAUUGGGCAUUACCAUCACGGUGGGUACCGUCAGCAGUAUACCGUUCCUGUAUGGUGCCGAGAAAAUUACCCGAAUUUUCGGACAUGUUAAUUUGAUUAUUAUUGCUUUCUUUUCGCAUGCUGGUCGUUUGGUGGGCUAUUCCUUCAUCGAAAAUGCCUGGUGGUGUUUUCCUUUUGAGGCAAUGGAAGCCCUCUCGUGUCACUUGAUGUGGGUGGCAGCGGCCACAUACUGUUCCAUAUUGGCACCAAAAAGUCUACUGGCCACUUUGAUUGGAGUGCUGGGCAUGGCCCACUUCAGUUUGGGUCGUGGUAGUGGUUCCUUCACCGGUGGCCUGCUCAUCGGGCAGUUUGGUACACGUGACGCCUUCCGUUAUAUGGGUCUGUUGGCGGUGGUCGGUGGCAUUGCCUAUGGUAUUCUCCAUCUGGUUUGGCUGCGUAAAUUCGAUCACAAUAUGGACGAUACCGAAGACGAGGUGGAGGCGGCCGAAGCAGUUGAGGCAGGUGAAACGGAAAAAUUGACCGAGCCACCGACCAAGGAGCAGGGUACCUCCAUGUCAUUGGAACGUUUGAGUCUAAUGAUAAAAUACAAUCAAAUUGGCAGUUUAUCUUCAUUGCCGCGGGGCUCAAGGGGUGACAUCCACGACCAUUUAUCAAUACGUCGCAGCAGUUAUAAUGUCGAGUCAUUACGUGUGCCCAAGCACGGCAUCGGCAGUGCCUCCAAGGUUGACAUUCUACGCUCGGCACUGGAAAUAAAUCACAAAUCCUCAAAUAAUUCGGUGCUGAGCAAGGCCGACAACCGAACAUCGAAUCAAUCAUUGGGUCGCAAUCGUGCCGACAGUGCGCCCAAACUCAAUCACACCACAAUGAAGAAUAUCUCACAACCUGCCCUGGAGGCAGUCGUACUGGAGGGUGUAGAGUCAACAUUUUUUCCCAGUCGUAUGAAAAAAUAUCCCAGUGGUUUGUUAACUUCAAUACCGGCAGUGGAUUUGUCUGUCAUACCGAGCUCUAUGCUAAUGGAUCAAGACCAAGUACGUAUUCCUGAAGAAACCGAACUUAAUAACUCAAAAAUGACGGUCAACAGUGCUGCCAGUGGUAGCGGUGAUGAGCAGCAACAGCAGCAGGCCAACAGCAAUCCAAAGCAAGCAAACGGCAAUGGCAAGAGUAUAGCAGGAGGACACGAUGAUCCAACGAAUGACAGAGAUGAUGCUACAUGAUUUUUUGGGCAAUGCCUCUGUUCUGUUGACAAAUUAAGACACCCACACUCAUAGACAUGUCCCCCAAACCAAAACCCAACGUAAAAACACACGCACACAUACACCAAACUAACAACACAUACAGAUACCGAGAGACACACACUGAGAGACCGACACAUAUGCUUAGUCGAAAAAAUAUGAUGAAGAUAAACAAAUGAAUGGAGGAUACUGGAUGAUGGAUGGAUGGCAGGAUGCAUGAAAUAUACUGAAGUUUUACGGUUGGUUAGAAAACAAACGAGUGAUAUUAAGACAACAACAGCAGCACAACAACAAACAAAGAAUGCUACAUCAUUGAGCGAACGAAGAGAUAUGUUUAUGAAGAAAUGUCAACUUUUCCCCACCCCUCUACACAAACACACACACCAACAAACUUUUAUGUUUUUUGAUAAAUAGUCUUUAAAUAAAUUAUUCAUAAUUAUUAUAUUUUUAAAGCAACAAAAAAAGAAAACAAACAACACCAAGAAUAAAAAAUUGUGAAAUUUAUAUCUUAAAUUAAUGCAAUUUAGGGAGAAGGAUGCUUAGAAGCCAAUAAAGAAAAAAAAAAAAAAACAAUAA